AUGUCUCCCAUUCGUGUUGGCCUCAUUGGUCUCAGCUCUGAGCCCGCCGGUUUAGGCCAAGGCAAAUGGGGCGUAUCAGCACACUUAGCCUCACUCCGUCCUUCUCCCCAUUAUGAGAUCGUAGCGGUAUGCAACUCGUCUGUUGAAUCAGCCCGCCGGUCAAUCGAAUUUCACAAGCUGCCUGCCUCUGUCAAGGCCUAUGGCAGUGCUGAAGACCUAGCUAAUGACCCCAAUGUCGAGCUCGUUGAUGUGUCAAUUGAGGUUGGAAAGCACCUACUUGCAGCCAAGCCGGCCUUGUUAGCCAAGAAGCAGGUCUUUGUUGAAUGGCCUCUGGGGGCUAGUACAGCAGAGGCAGAAGAGAUGCUGCAGUUGGCAAAAGAAGGCAACUUGAAGACAGCAGUUGGUACUCAAUUUCGUGCGGAUCCCUGGCUCGCAAAGGUCAAGCAACUGGUUGAGAGCGGAGCAAUUGGAAGAGUCACCAGUUCUGAUGUCCAAAUUUCUUCUCCUCUUGGACCGAUAGAUAUUUGGACUGCCGAAGCUGAGUAUUAUUUGGAUUUUGAAAGUGGUGGGAACGAAUUUCACAUCUUCUUUGCUCAUUUUCUGAGCGGUUUUACUUUUGUACUCGGAGACCUUACGAGCCUCAAGUCCACGUUCGCUGUCCAGAACCCAGUGGUAAAACUAGUCAGCGGCAAGACUGGCGAAGUAGUCAAUCCAGAAAAACGCAGAACGGCCCCUGACCACAUAUUCGUUCAAGGCGCGCUGGAAAGCGGUGCAAUGGUCAGCAUUAGUACGCGUACGCCGCCGCAGCCGAUUGACGGACACAGUUUGCGAUGGCUCAUUACUGGCUCAGAAGGAGAAUUGGAGCUCACGACCAGUGGUAGAGGAUUUCAAGUUGGCUCCAAUCCAAGAACUUUGCGACUUGUCACGAAAGAUGGCGAAACCCGAACAAUUGAUUGGGAGCAGGAUGAGCCGAGUCAUAUCAAGCACAUCGCUCCGCCUGGGGUCAACACUGCAAGACUGUUUGAAGCCUAUGCGCUCAAUAAGGAUUGCUAUUCGGAUUUUGAGAAAGCUGUGAAGCUCCAUAAACUAUUGGAUAGAAUUGCAAAAGACGCAGGUUAUAUGUAG